AUGAAAGUGAUCGAUUCGGAACCGGGCUCGUGCACGCGGCUGUUUUUAGGCAAUUUGCCUAAACUGAAAUCCGAGUCGGAUAUUUGCGCCGAGGUGGCAACGGUGGCGCCUGGCCUGAUCCGGGCCAUCACGUACAAGAGCCUAGACGACCCGGACAUGCAUCGCGGCUUUUGUUUCCUGGACUACGAGACGCCGGCGCAGGCGGCCGAGGCCAAGAGCCGCCUGAGCCGAUGCACGGUGUUCGGUUGCAAGACGAUUGUGGACUGGGCGGACCCGGAACCGGAACUGGACGAGGAAACGAUGCGAUCGGUGCGCAUACUGUUCGUCCGGCAGACACCACUCCCGUUGACGGAACGGGCCCUCGCCGAAGUGUUCGGCCGGUACGGCCGGGUAGAACGUGUCAAGACGCUCAAGAACUUUGCGUUCGUGCACUUUGCCCGGCGCGACGAUGCCAAGGAGGCCAUGGACGCGCUGGACGGCAUCACUGUCGAGGGCAGCGACGUCCGUUUCGACGUGUCGUGGGCCAAGCCGCCGGCCGACAAGAAAACUCGAGAACGAGUGUUGCGGGACCGCGAGAGGCGUAUGCAGGCGUCGCUCACCGAACGGCCCAAGACGUUCAGGAUGACGUCCACCGUUGCCGGCGUCUCGCGGCCGCCGAGGCCAUCGUCGUUGGUGGCCGAAUCGAGCGAAGAGUCCGCCGAAAACGGGUCGUACGCUUGUUACGACAGCUAUCGUUAUGAUUUCAACAGGCCGCUAACGUUUGCGUGUCAACCGUCUCCGAUUCUUCGGCCGGCGCCGCAGUCGUCAUCAUCGUCCCGUUGCGAACUGUUCUGCCCGUGCGGCUUGAGGACCAAAGCGGACGCACCGGCAGAAGAGUCCGAACGCUCAUUCGCCGCUCAAACCCGACCGCAAUGGGACGUCGUUCGGUCGCCGUACGAUCACGGAGACGGCGCGAAUGUGGUUCUACCUACGCUGUCUGAAUUAACAACAACCAAUUCUGCCGCCGGACCCGUCGCUACUGGCACUGACAUCGACAAUAUGAUAUUAAAAUUUUUCCACAAAGUCGUUUUGGGCGGUACCCAAGCACAGGUGAUGUUAAAUUUCGAAAAACCAAAAGUCACAUAUAGUUAG